GAAUCAAUAGCAAAUAAACUGCGCAAUACUUUGAAAACAAAUUUAGUAUUUUGAUAGCAGGUGUAAUUUGCAAUUCAAAAAUGGCGAAUUAUUACUACAUGAUUGCAUUUCUUCCUCUAGCAGUCGCUUCUACAGCGUUUGCACACCAGGAAAGUUCACGAUGUGUGUUUUCUUUCAUGGAAAAUAUGUUGGAGAAAAUGUUCAAGAUGAGAGCCAGAAUGGAAGAGAUGGAACAAAAGAUCGCCGAAGUGGAGUCGCGCCAGGCUAACAACACCAAUGUAAAGACCCCUGUUGUUGCAUUCAGAAUUAUGCUAAACAAAACCCUCGGAAGUGUGUCCUCGGGUACGAUGGUGAAAUUUAAUUUGGUGGAUUUUAACAUUGGAAACGCUUAUAAGGAAGGAAUAUUUACGGCGCCGUACAGUGGAACAUACCUGCUUUCCACCACUCUAGGAAAUCCAGCUGCAAAUCCCGGGGAAUUUUUCAUGAAGAAAAAUGGCGUUGGAAUAGAGUUUAAUAUUGCUGGGCAUACGUCUGGAUUUAAUGUCGGUGGUGUUACAACGGUUGCAAAGCUUUUAUCUGGUGACAGAGUGUGGGUAGAAGGAAGUGGCCGUAUAACCGGACCGUACGAUAUACCUGGAUACUACACCAGCUUCUCUGGUUUUCUGAUCAAUACAAUCUGAAAUUAACAUAUCAUCAAAAUUGCAAAUGAAGUAUAAAACACAAUCAGUUUUUGUUUUCUAAAGAUACAGCUUUUGUUACAUUCUAUUUAAGAAAUAAUCGUGUUUUAACGUUAUUAAUACACGAAAACAGGUUAUACCUCCGUGGAAUAAUUUCUGCCUACGUAUAACCGAUUUUGAGUGUAUUAAUUUUAGUAAACACGAUUUUUCUAUACAUUAUUUUGAUUCUAAUAUGCCCUUUAUCUAAAACAAUAGAAAAAAUAUAGUAACGCUCUUUUGGUCGCAACAAAAACAUUGACGUCAUCGCACGUUAACGUGACGUCAUUUAAACGUAAGCGUGGCUUAACAGAAACAAGAAUAUUUGAUGUAAAUGUAGAGUAUUACCUAAUAUUAUUGACUUGAGCAUAUUUCACUUUACCCUUGUCAAAACAUAUGUUGACUGUCUGGUAACUCUUGAUUCACUAUAAUUUAAAUACAAAAUUUAAAUAGUGCCUUUUAAUAAUUAUGUUCAUGUGUAAAUAAUGCAAUGGUCAUUGUCAACCUUACACUGAUUCGCUAUGUACGCAUUAUUUAUAUUGUGUACAAUCAUGAAAGACAAAUAAAUAGUAUUUUGUUUUGGGUUUAACGCCGUUUUAAACAGUAUUUUAGUUGUGUAACGUCGGGCAGUUAACCUGACCAGUGUUCCUGGAUUCUGUACCAGUACAAUUCUGUUAUCAGCAAGUAACUGCCAACUUCCCCACAUGACCCAAAGGUGGAUGAUGAAUUAUUUCAGACACAAUAUCUUUUCGGAGAACAUACGGCCCGCCAAGGGAAGAUCUGCGAUCUCCCUACUGCGCUAAGCGGGCAGGCAAAGUCAAGCAAAUGACAUCAUUGCCUUAAGCUUCAUUGGACUAUUUAAGCACUUAAUAUUCAACUGAUUGUCAAAUUCAAUGUUGAAGACAUCCAUUCAUAUUUCGUGAAGCGAAUUGCCAACUCUGUUUUUUAGACCAGACGGCGCACGCCUUUCAGCCUUAGAACGUCUAGCCUUGCGUGACUGUUUAAACAUUUCAGUUUUGUCACGUAUGCUAUCAAAGAAAAAAUGUGAAAUAAAGACGAAACUGAUAAGUAUUCAUUUUAAAAACUGGUGCUGCAAAAAUUACAAUUUUAUAUGAAGUAAACCAUUUACCCAAAUAACUAUAUGAUACCACUCAUUUUCAUCUAUCUCCUACAAAAGAUCAACCCACGUAAGACUUUUCUAGGGAGCAUAUUAAUAUGGAACACAAAUUACGUUUAAAUGUCAAUGUCAGUGUUUUAUUUUAUUGACGU